UGCCAAUGUGAAGCCGAUGGCAUCGAACAACUGGUUGGCCCAUGCUGAGCUGCAGACUUGUUCCCAUCUACCUCUCGUACUUCACACAUUGUUGAAAAUAUCCUCUUCGCCGGCGGAGCAGAUUACGGAUACGCCGGGAGAAUCUCAUGGGCCCUCGACAACAUUAUUUCUCCUUAUUUUUCCAUGCUCCAGGCCAUCGCAGUGAACGUCAUGUUUCUGAACCUCCGAAACAUCAAUGGUCGCGCUGAACCCACAGAUUUUGCACCAUCCCUUCCCGAGCUGAAUUUUACGCAGAAUCGAUUUUUGGGCAACAUAGGGGCUCCGGUGGAGCCUGAACAAUGGGACAACCUUGACGUAUUUGAGGAGCAGCUUGAGACGAGUGGUACCGAAGAUUGGACCGCGACUUCCACGGCAUUCACCGCUGAUGCUGAUGAGGUGUCUGGUGCCAAGAUAUUGAGUUCGUUCGUCGCGCAGGUCGACAUAUCGAUCAAGGAAGCCACGGAAAAGACGUCGUAUGAUCUGCUGGUUUUGUUUGAUGCGCAGGGAGGCAGUUGGAGGGUAGAUGACCCGCCGUACGACAUCACUUUCAAAAGUGUGGAAGAGUAUGCUAAUGAGUCCGCACCGAAGUGA